AUGUCUUCAACAGAUCCUUGGAAAACUCUUCGUGCUAAUACAUUAUCAAUUACAUUAAAAUUUGGUUUUUAUCAAAAUCAAAUUGUAUAUCCAAUUGGUGAAUUAUACAAUUCAAUUAUUGAACGACUAUAUAGUGACGCAGAAAAAUGGUUGCGUGAAAUUGCUAAUAAUUGUAAAAAUGGACAACUUGCUGGACGUUUUAAAAUUUAUCUAUUUCGAAUUCCAACUACAGAAUUUACAAUGGUGCCUGUUAUUCAGCCAUCAGAUAUUGAACAAAAUUCUUUAGUUGAAAUAGUUCUUGUACCUGUUGAAAUGGAUCCACAUUCUCAUGAUUUACAUCGAUGUCAAUUCAAUUUACCUACAAAUUGUUCUAAAUGUUCCCGUUUUAUUCCUGGCUUCUACAAGCAAGGAUUUCGUUGUCGCAAAUGUCGUAGGUCAUAUCAUCGAGAUUGUGCACCAUUUCUACUUGAUGACUGUCCAGUAGCAAGUCAUAAUGAACAAACACCAACGCGAAAAAAAACUUUUUCAUCUUUAUCACAACUUACAUUUGUUUUUCCAUUUGGUAUCGAUUCAACAUCUUCCACAGAUAGAACAAUAGGCCCUCACACAACAAUCGUACCUUUUUAUAGAAUGUCAACUGUUGCAUCAAAAAACAAUGUACAAUCCACAAUAUCUGGUGCAAUCAUUGAAAAAGGCAUUUUUCCUGCAUGUAUUCGUGGUGCUAAUUUUUAUCAACGAUAUUCUUUUUGUCUUACAACAAAUACAUUAAGAAUAUCAGCAAAUUUAUCAACUAAUAAUGUUUUACAACAAAAAUUCCUUCCACCAGGUGAUUUGGAAACAUGUUUUCCAUUAACUGAUAUAGCUAAUCUCGUUUUGACACAUUUCAUGACUGAUCGAGACGAUAUUUUCGAAAUUCAUUUACCAAAUAAAGUUGUAAUCAGUGUAGGAAAAAAGUCUGAUUCUCAUGAUUUACAAAUGGAAACAGCUCAAUUCUACUCAUAUCUUCGAGAUCAACGAGAAGCAUUAAUUAGCACAACACCAGCAUCGAGUAUGGAACCUGUUUCUGGAGCAACAGCAGCAACAGACGUAGUGCAAAGCAAAAAACAAGAUAUUAUAUCUCCAUUGGUUCGAACAAAAAGUAUUUUUCGACGAACACCAUAUGGGAAAGACAAUGAAGAUAAAGAUUUACAUGAACUUUAUGCAUUUACCGGUGUAACACUUGGAACAGGUGCAUUUGGACGAGUAAUGUCAGCCUACAGAAAAUCAACAAAUCAUGAAGUAGCAAUUAAAAUUAUGGAGAGAGACAAUUGUACUGAACAAGAUAUUAGAAGAAUAAAUGAAGAAAUUAGCAAUCUCUACAGAUUUAACCAUCCUAAUAUCCUCAAACUAGAAGCUCAUUUUGAACGUGAUGAUGCUGUUUAUCUUGUUACUGAACGUAUGGAAACAGAUUUAUGUAAUUAUAUAACUAGCUCAAAAAAUGGUUAUCUUGAUGAAGAUAUAUGUAGAAUGCUUAGUUAUCAAGUUAUUGUUGCUUUGAGAUAUCUUCAUGCAAAAGACUGUGGUCAUCUUGAUGUUAAAUGUGACAAUAUUCUGUUAACACUUCUUAAACCAAUACCAGCUAACAUGAAUAAAUCAUCUAAUAAAGUAGAAAACUCUAAUCAAGACUUUCCUCUAGUGAAAUUAGCUGAUUUUGGCUAUUCAAGAGUGAUUGGUGAACAUUCAUUUCGUAAGACACAUGUUGGCACGAGAGUUUAUAAUGCACCUGAGAUUUAUCAUAGUAAAGAAGGUUACAAUCGAUUAGCUGAUAUGUGGAGUGUGGGUAUUGUCCUAUAUGCUGCACUGUCUGGUACGUUACCUUUUGAAGAAAAUGAUUAUCUACGAGCUGAAGAAAUUUUCCGAGAUAAAAAUGCAGUUUUUACUGGUCCACGAUGGGAAAAUGUGUCGAAAGACGCAACUGAUCUCAUAUCAAAUCAUUUAUUAGUUGUACAACCAGCUUCACGCAUAAAACCGAAUGAUGCUCUCUUUCAUAAUUGGUUUACUGAUUUUGUUCUAUAUAAAAAUCUACGUGAAAUUGAAAAACGAACAAGAUACUUAAUGACAUCAAAACAACAAGAUCCUCCAGCACCAUUAACUUGGCUUACAAGUGAACGUGAAGAUCUUGUAUGGACAGAAUAUCAAGCCAUAUAUGCAGAAUCAAAGAAAAACUAA